CAUUUCAUAGUAAAUCAUAUGAUUGCUUUAAUAUUCCAGAUAAUAUUGAAGAUUUUAACAAUCCGAGUAAUCAAAAUUAUGCUGGCACAUUCAAAGCAAGUAGUAUUUUAAAAGGCAUGAGUAAAAAAUUCUCUAAAGUAUUUAAAAAAUUACAAAUAAAAUCAAAUAAUGAUAAUCAAAUUAAUUACGGAAAAGAAAUAGUUGAACAACAACAAAUAAAGCAAUAUAAUCUCAACAUUAAAGAUGAAGAUGAAAUUUAUGAUGAUAAAAACUUUCAUUCAGAAGAAGAUGAUGUAUUCGAAAUUCCAGAUGUUUUUAUUUAGAAUUAUUAAACACUAAGUAUAGAGUAGGUAAAAUUUUUUACAAAAUUCUUAGUUUGUAAUUUAAAUAAUU